AUGCAGCUCGAUAUUGUACUCCUUGGAAUUUUGCUUCUCGCUGCGGACGCCGUGAUGGCCCAGACUCUUCCCUACCGUCUCGCCACGUUUAAUAUCCGAUAUGCGGCAACUUCUCGGGAACAGAAUGAGAAACCGUGGUCUACACGAGGGCCACUAGUUGUCAAUCAACUCAAAGACGCAAUAGCGGGGGCUCCUGAUGGCGCAGAAACCAUUAUCGGAUUGCAAGAGGUUCUGCACCAGCAAUUGAUAGAUAUCAAGACCGGCUUAGGAGACUCGUGGGCGCACAUUGGGGUAGGCCGCGAUGACGGUAAGCAGUCCGGUGAAUACAAUCCAAUCCUGUAUCGCCCAUCGGCCCUGCGAUUACUCUCCAACGUGACAAAAUGGUUAUCGCUCACACCGGAUGAGCCCUCCAAGAGCUGGAAUGCCGGCAGCCGUCGGCUGGUGAACAUAGGGAUCUUCGAGCACAUCCGCAGCGGCAAGCGUUUCAUUGCCGCGAACACUCACCUAGACAAUGCCAGCUCCGAGGCAAGGACCAAAGGGAUCAAGGUGGCGCUGCAGGUGAUCAAGGAUGUGCAGAAGACUUGGGGCCCUUUGGCCGUCUCCCUGACGGGCGAUUUCAAUUCAGAGCCAGGGGCCGACGCCUACACAACCGUUAUUAACGAUGGCUAUUUCGCUGAGGUGUACACAACGGCGAAUGCUUCUCAAAGAUUCGGGGAAUAUGACACCUAUACUAGCUUCGAUCCUAGCAGGAUAGGCCAAGACGGUACACGCAUCGACUUCGUAUGGCUUGGACCCAAAGCGGAUCAGAGGUGGGAAAUCAAUCGAUACGAGGUAUUGUCAAACGUGAAGGACAGCGUCUACUUGAGCGACCAUCGAGCAGUAAUUGCAGAUGUGAGAAUAGUGGUCUGA